AUGCCUAAACCGCGUAACGAUGGCUUGACAGUCGCCAUUCCAGAGGAUGCCGAGGUGGCCAGCGAGGCCCCCAGCGGGGAGACCUCUGGCCCGGCGGAGCUCUCGAGCAGCAGCUCCAGGAACAAGUUCAGUCCUGGGGCUGUGCUGAACAAGAUGAUGCCCCGUCAGCUGACGAGGGUGACCUCCUCUGCAGUCGCCCGGCUGCGCUCCUCGGUGGACCCUCGGAAACAAGCAGCCCUGCGUGCGGAGCUGCAGAGCAAUCUGGAACGCACUGACACCCCCAAGGUCACCAAGGGCGACAGCAGGAACGGCGCGGCGGCCCAACAGCUGCGUGUGAUCCACUUUGACCCCCAGGGCGGGACCACGGUGGAUGGCAAGACGCCCUCCAACCGUGUGGUGACCAGCAAGUACAACCCUAUCACCUUCCUCCCCAUCUUCCUGUUCGAGAUGUUCUCCCGCGUCGCCUACCUCUACUUCCUGCUCCAGGCCUGCCUGUCCUGGUGGAGCGUGGUGUCCCCUUUUGGCGGUGUGGGGGCCACCGCUGCCCUCGUCUUCGUGCUGCUUGUCGCCGGGAUCAAAGCGGUGUGGGAGGACGUGAAGCGGCACCAGGAGGACAAGACCAUGAACGCCUCCACCACCCACCGCGCCAACCCCGACGGGAGCAUCACCGACAUCUCCUGGACUGAGGUCAAGGUGGGGGAUGCGCUGGUGGUGCGGGACGACGAGCUCUUCCCCGCCGAUAUGGUGUGCCUGCAGUCCCAGCUCCCCGACCGCGUCUGCUUCAUCCGGACCACCAACCUGGACGGGGAGACCAACCUGAAGAUCCGAAAGCCCAUUGACCUCAAGGGCAUCCAGGCCAGCUCGGUGCAGGAGGCCAUGCGCCUGCGCAUCAGGCUGUCUGCCGAGGCCCCCAACCGCAACCUGCACCGCUUCAAGGGACAGGCCACGAUCCUGAGCGAGCAGUUUGCACGUACCCCCCUGAGCCCCGGCUCGGACAAGAUGGUGUGGAGCGGGAACGGCACGGCCGCUGGGGAGGAGCCGCACGUGAACGUCCCUGUGACCAUGAACGAGAUGCUGCUGCGCGGCUGCAUGCUGAAGAACUCCGGCUCCAUCCUGGGCCUGGUGGUGUACACGGGGCGGGAGUCGCGAAUCCAGAUGAACGCGGCGCGCACGCCCAACAAGGUCGGCUCCUUCGACCGCUUCCUCAACCUCCAGAUCGGGCUGGUCAUCGCCUUCCAGCUGGUGCUGGUCAUCUUCUGCGCCGCCGCCAACCUGGUCUGGCAGAACACCAUGGGUGUGGACCGCUAUUACCUGGCGCUGAACCAGGACGUGCAGGGCAUCUACUCCAGCGACUUUGUGCAGUUCCUGAUCAACUGCCUGACCUUCUGGAUCCUGCUGUCCUACCUGGUGCCCAUCUCCCUGUUUGUUACGCUGGAGAUCGUCAAGUUCUGGCAGGGCUUUGUCUACAUCAACCUGGACCCGGCCAUGAAGGACCCGGCGUCGGGGGAGCAUGCGCGGUGCCGCAACUCGGGCCUGAACGAGGACCUGGGCCGCGUGGAGUACAUCUUCUCCGAUAAGACGGGGACCCUGACCAGCAACGAGAUGCAGCUGCGCGCCGUCGCCAUCAAGGGUGUCGCCUACGGCGACACAUCCUUCAGGCUGGAGGAGCACGAGGAGCUGACCGACCUGGCGGCGCUGCAGCGCUUCGACCCCCGGCUGGCCGACGCCGCGGCGGGGCUGGCCGCCUCCUCCAACGCCCUGCAGCGCGUGGUGAGCCGGGGCGGCAGCUCCUCACGCGUCCUGUCCCAGGCCAGCUCCUUCAAGCGCGAGUCGGAGGAGGGGCCCCAGCGCAGCCCGGGGGACGCGGGGGUGGGCACCCUGUCCUCCCACCUCAUGGACUUCUGGACCAACCUCUGCAUCUGUCAGUCCCUGAUCCUGGAGGACGAUCCCAAGGGCGACAAGCCCCUGUACCAGGGUCCCUCCCCCGACGAGGUGGCGCUGGUGGAGGCCGCGCGCCAGCUGGGCUUCGAGUUCGUCAGCCGCUCCCAGACGGGGCUGGUGCUGAGCAUGCUGGGGGAGGAGGUGGAGUACGAGGUGCUCAACAUCCUGGAGUACUCCUCCGACCGCGGGUGCAUGAGCGUCAUCGCGCGCGCCCCCGACGGCACCAUCCGCCUGUUCUGCAAGGGCUCCGAUGCCAAGGUCAUGAGGAAGGUGCGCCCCGGCACCGACCCCGUCCUGCUCCGGCAGACCGACGAGAACCUGCACACCUUUGCGCGCCAGGGCCUGCGAACCCUGGUGCUGGGAACGCGCAUCCUGGAGGAGCAGUGGCAUGCCGCCUGGGACGCGCGCUACCAGGAAGCUGCCAGCAGCUUUGAGGACCGGGACGGGAAGCUGGACGCCCUGGGGGAUGAGGUGGAGAGGGAGCUGGAGCUCGUGGGGGUCACCGCCAUCGAGGACAAACUGCAGGAUGGGGUGCCGGCCGCCAUCAAGACCCUGCUGACGGCGGGCAUCCGGGUGUGGAUGAUCACCGGGGACAAGAUGGAGACCGCGGUGAACAUCGCGGUCUCCUGCCAGCUCGUCAAGGACCCCGACAGCAUCAUGAUGCUGGUCGUGGAUGAGAAGCAGGAUGACCCGGCCACCGAGGCGGACCGCCUGCUGGACGCGUGCAUGAAGCGCACGCUGGAGACGUACGCGCGGAGCAGCGGGGAGCGUGUGGCCACCCUGGACCAGGUCCCGCACUCCUGGCAGGCUGAGGAGAUGGCGGUGGACGGGCACACGCUGAACUACAUCCUGGUGGACGAGGCGCUGUCGAGCAAGCUGGCGCUGCUGGCCGCGCACUGCAGCGGCGUGGUGGUGUCGCGCUCCUCGCCCUCCCAGAAGGCGGGCGUGGUGCGGCUGAUGACCGCCUACGAGAUGGAGCGGGUGACGGGGACCCGGCGCGGGCUGCGCCGCUGGUACGCGCGGUACAAGCGCCGGCUGUCGGGCAAGAUGCUGAGCAUCGGAGACGGGGCCAACGACGUCGCCAUGCUGCAAACCGCCGACGUGGGCGUGGGCAUCAUGGGCAAGGAGGGGCGCCAGGCCACCAACAACUCCGACUACGCCAUCACCCAGUUCAGAUCUUACCCGGCCACCGAGGCGGACCGCCUGCUGGACGCGUGCAUGAAGCGCACGCUGGAGACGUACGCGCGGAGCAGCGGGGAGCGUGUGGCCACCCUGGACCAGGUCCCGCACUCCUGGCAGGCUGAGGAGAUGGCGGUGGACGGGCACACGCUGAACUACAUCCUGGUGGACGAGGCGCUGUCGAGCAAGCUGGCGCUGCUGGCCGCGCACUGCAGCGGCGUGGUGGUGUCGCGCUCCUCGCCCUCCCAGAAGGCGGGCGUGGUGCGGCUGAUGACCGCCUACGAGAUGGAGCGGGUGACGGGGACCCGGCGCGGGCUGCGCCGCUGGUACGCGCGGUACAAGCGCCGGCUGUCGGGCAAGAUGCUGAGCAUCGGAGACGGGGCCAACGACGUCGCCAUGCUGCAAACCGCCGACGUGGGCGUGGGCAUCAUGGGCAAGGAGGGGCGCCAGGCCACCAACAACUCCGACUACGCCAUCACCCAGUUCAGGUUCCUGGUGCCGCUGCUGCUGGUGCACGGCAACCUGUCCUACUACCGCAUCGCGCGCCUGAUCAAGUACUCAUUCUACAAAAACAUCACCUUUGCCUUUGUGCUCUUCUACUACCAGUUCUACAACGGUUUCUCGGGCCAGGCGCUGGUGGACUCCAUCACAGCGGCGGUGUUCAACGUGGUCUUCACCUCCGUCCCCAUCCUGCUCUUCGCGGUGCUGGACCGCCCCGUGGCGGACCUGAAGACCUACAUCCACUACCCGCGCCUGUACGACAAGUCGGAACUGCACACGCUGACCACCGCCAGCUUCUGGAAGACGGGCGUGGCCCAGGCCGUGGUCCAUGCCGCCGUUUGCUUCUUCAUCCCCUACUACAGCAUCGCCACCAGCGGGCGCCACAACAUCACCGACGUCUACAGCCUGGGCAAGCUGGCAUUCGUCGCGCUCCUGGGAACCGUGAACCUGGAGGUGGCGCUGGUGGCGCGCUACUGGACCGUGCUCUUUGCCGUCUUCGUCGCGCUGUCCUACUUCCUGGUCUACCCCUACAUGGCCAUCUUCCCCCUCAUCCAGCUGGGCCUGGACAUCUAUGACCCUGCCAACGUGGGCGUGUCGGAGAACGUGCUGGCCAGCCCCACCUUCUGGUUCGUCAUCAUCAUCUGCAACCUGACCACCUUUGGGCUGCGCUUCGCGGAACGCACCGCCGACUGGUCCUUCAAGCCCCAGGAUACUAUGAUAAUGGCCGAGCACGAGGAGGAGGCGCGCAAGCAGGGCAAGAAGUGGCUGCAGCAGAACGUGAGCGCGGAGUCGCGCCUGCGGCUCAGUUCCCUGGGCAUCGAGAUCCCGGAAGAGGAGGAGGACACGCUGCGCGCCCGGCACUCCCCGCCGAGGCCGACGGCGCCCGGUGCGGCACACCCCGGACUGCCCCCGGCGUGA